AUGGAGACUCCUAUUGUCAAACUAGAUAUUCAGGAUUUAGAAACAGUCUAUGAACCGUCUGAAGAUUCAUUUUUACUUAUAGAUGCGCUAGAAGCGGAUUUCGAGAAAUUGAAAAAAGCUAAGCCAGUAAUGUGCUUAGAAAUUGGCAGUGGAUCUGGUGUAGUUAUAACAGCAUUGGCAAAGGCAUUAAAUCGUUUUUUUCCCGCUUAUUUCAUGGCAGUUGACAUAAAUUCUAAUGCAUGUAGAGUCACUAAAAGAGUUGGCCAAGAUAAUUUGGUUGAUAUUAACGUCUUACAGAUGGAUUUGAUCAAUUUAGUAAAGAAGGAGAACACGUUUGAUGUUGUAAUAUUUAAUCCACCAUACGUGGUUACAGAAUCCUUAGAAGUUCUUGACCAACGAUUAAUAUCAAAAACCUGGGCAGGGGGAAUAGAUGGUCGAGAAGUUAUGGAUAUGCUAUUUCCUCAUAUUCCAAAUAUUUUAUCGAAUAAUGGAUUGUUUUAUUUAGUCACGAUCAAACAGAAUGAUCCGAUUUCGAUUAUAAAUGUUUUUAAGCAAUGGAAAAUGAGUGGAGAAAUAAUAUGCGAUAGGAAAAUUAGAGGAGAACAUUUAUACAUUCUACGGUUUGUAAAAAUAACACUUUAGU